CCCUCUUUCAGUGGCACUCUCGAUCCCUCUCUCUCUCUCUCUCUCUCUCUCUCUCUCUCUCUCUCUCUCUCGCCCGCUCACUCGCUCUCUGGCUCUGCCUCCCGUUCCCCAGACCCAGCAUCAGUGUGCCCCUGCUAGGUGGAUGGAAUAGGCAGCCUCCAGAGCAGGCGGACGGGACCGGUCAGAGGAUCUGUCAUCAUCCCGAGGGAGAGCGACAGAGACAGACUCCCUGGAGAGACCCAUCUGAGCCACCCCAUCACGCCAGUUAACAUUCUGCCCCCCCAACUCCAACUCACAUUGUUUCUGAUUGCACUGGGGGAUUGUCCUUCAGAGAGAGCGUUAGCAGUUUGUGAAGAGGAGCAGGGCCGUCCCAUCCCUCACACUUCCGAGUUCUUCCCAGCCGGACUUUCAGUCACACGGGGACCAGCAUGAGGAAGGACCCUUUUCUCCUGGGCUGCCUGGGGGUGGCCGCAUUGCUCCAGCUCGCAGCCGCCGGCUUGGUCCGGAAGGUCAUCCGGCACCGGCGCGAGACCUUAUCCCCCCGGGUGACGGAAAACGUCUCGCUACCACACCCAGAUGAGCCAGUUGUCUUCAACCAUGUCUACAACAUCAACGUGCCCUCGGGCUCUCUGUGCUCUGUGGAUCUGGAUUCCCCUGGCGGGACGGAGCUGAAGCCCAAGGUUACGCAGCCAGAGCUGCGCGCCACCGAGCACACGCUGGACGCUGACAACCAGAUCGUCUUCACACACCGCAUCAACAUCCCACGGCAGGCCUGCGCCUGCGACAGCCACCUGCCCAGCCUGAAGGAGCUGCUGAAUCGCAUCGAGGCGCUGGAGGGGGAGGUGUCGAGCCUGAGGGAGCAGUGCACCAGCGGGGUUGGCUGCUGCGGAGUGCCCGCUACGGGUGAAGUGGGCAUCAAACCCUACUGCAGUGGCCAUGGCAACUACAGCACAGAGACGUGUGGGUGUGUGUGCGAGCCGGGCUGGAGGGGCGCCAACUGCUCAGAGGCCGAGUGUCCCAACGACUGCCAGGACCAGGGCCGCUGCAUCGACGGUAAGUGUUACUGCUUCGUGGGCUUCAAAGGUGAAGACUGCAGCAUUGAGGAGUGCCCCGUGGACUGCGGGGACAACGGCCAGUGUGUGGAUGGCGCCUGCCUGUGCACUGAAGGCUUCUCUGGCGAGGACUGCUCACAGACCAACUGCGUGAACAACUGCCUGGGUCGCGGCCGCUGCGUGGAGGACGAGUGCGUCUGCGACGAGCCCUGGACGGGCUCCGACUGCUCUGAGCUCAUCUGCCCCAACGACUGCUAUGACCGCGGCCGCUGCGACAACGGCACCUGCUACUGCGACGAUGGCUUCACCGGCGAAGACUGCGGCGAGCUCACCUGCCUGGGGAACUGCAACGGCCGCGGCGCCUGCGUUGAUGGCAAGUGUGUGUGCGCCACGGGCUACACGGGCGAGGACUGCUCCAAGAUGACCUGCCUGAAUGACUGCAAUGAGCGCGGCCACUGCUUCAACGGCAUGUGCGUGUGCGAUCCCGGUUACCAGGGAGACGACUGCAGUGAACUCGCCUGCCCAGACAAUUGCAACAACAGGGGGCGCUGUGUAGAUGGCAAGUGCGUCUGUGAAACCGGCUUCCAGGGUGAUGACUGCUCUGAGCUCUCCUGCCCCAGUGACUGCCUGGACCGCGGGCGCUGUGUCGAUGGCCAGUGCGUGUGCGACAAGGGCUUCACUGGCGAGGACUGCAGUGAGAAGACAUGCCCAGGCAACUGCCUGGGGCGCGGGCGCUGUGUCGAUGGCCAAUGCGUGUGCGACAAGGGCUUCACUGGCGAGGACUGCAGUGAGAAGACAUGCCCAGGCAACUGCCUGGGGCGCGGGCGCUGUGUCGAUGGCCAGUGCGUGUGCGACAAGGGCUUCACUGGCGAGGACUGCGGCAUCCGCACCUGCCCCGGCGACUGCUACGGCCGCGGAGACUGUGUGGACGGCACCUGCGUGUGCUACGCCGGCUACACUGGGAAGGACUGCGCUGAGCUCUCCUGCCCCAGUGACUGCCUGGGGCACGGGCGCUGUGUCGAUGGCCAGUGCGAGUGCGACGAGGGCUUCACUGGCGAGGACUGCAGUGAGAAGACAUGCCCAGGCAACUGCCUGGACCGCGGCCGCUGCGAGGAUGGCCGCUGCAUCUGCUUGCAGGGCUAUGCCGGAGACGACUGCUCCGUGCUCACCUGCCCAGAGAACUGCAGUGACAGGGGGCGCUGCGUCGACGGCCAGUGUGUCUGUGAUGAGGGCUUCACUGGCGAGGACUGUGGGGAGCUGGCCUGUCCCAACAACUGCCUCGACAGGGGGCGCUGUGAGAAUGGGCAGUGUGUUUGCCAGGAGGGCUACAUCAGCGAAGACUGCUCCCAAGUCUCUCCACCCAAGGACCUCUCCAUAAUCGAGGUGACCACCGAGACGGUGAACCUCACCUGGAUCAAUGAGAUGGUGGUGACCGAGUACCUCAUCACCUACGUGCCCACGGCACCAGGGGGGCUGCAGCUGGACAUGCGUGUGGCAGGAGACCAGCAAGCCACCACUAUCAGGGAGCUGGAGCCCGGUGUGGAGUACCUGAUCAGCGUCUACGCCAUCCUCAGCAACCAGAGAAGCGUGCCCGUCAGUGCCAGGGUUGCCACACAUCUUCCCGAACCUGAAGGUCUGAAGUUCAAAUCCAUAAGGGAGACGUCUGUGGAAGUCCAGUGGGAUCCCCUCGACAUCGCUUUUGAUGGCUGGAAUCUCAUUUUCAGGAACACGAAGGAGGAAGGCGAGGAGAUUCUGAACACGCUGGGGCGGCCGGACACCAGCUUUGAGCAGUCUGGCCUGGCCCCCGGGCAGGAGUACGAGGUCAGGCUGCACGUGGUGAAGAACAAGACCAAGGGGCCUGCAGCCAGCAAGAAUGUCUUCACAAAGAUCGACGGCCCCAGCCAGGUUGAGGUGCGUGACGUCACGGAUUCCACGGCCCUGAUCACCUGGUUCCGCCCGCUGGCCCAGGUGGACGGCAUCACUGUGUCCUAUGGACCCAGCUCUGACCUUGAAGACAGACAGACUGUGGAGCUCCCAGCCACGGACAGCCAGUACCACAUGGACAACCUGCAACCCGACACCUCAUACAAGGUGUCCCUGACAUCCAGGAAGGGCCAGGCCACCAGUGACCCCACAUACGGCUCCUUCCUCACAGACCUGGACGCCCCCCAGGAGCUGCACACGGUGACCCAGACGGACGAGAGCAUCACCCUGGAGUGGAGAAACAGCAGGGCCAGUGUGACAGGCUACCGUGUCAAGUAUGGGCCCAUCUCCGGGGGGGCGCACGGCGAGGUCAUGUCCCACAGCGCACAGCAGGACAAGACUCAGACCACCAUCACAGGUCUCAGGCCUGGGACGGAGUACGGCAUGGGGGUGACGGCGGUAAAAGACGAGCGUGAGAGUCUGCCUGCCACCACCAAUGCAGCCACUGACAUCGACGCCCCCAAGGAGCUGGAAGCCAGUGAGGCCACGGAAAACACGCUGACACUCGUCUGGAGAAGACCCAUCGCCAAGUUCAGCCUCUACCGGCUGGUGUAUGUGUCAGCGGAUGGCAGGCGGUCGGAGGCUGAGCUCCCCGCAGGCGUCGUCACAGAGACCCUGAGAGACCUGACUCCGGGGAUGCUGUAUACCGUCACGCUAACAGCAGAGAGGGGCAGGAGGAAGAGCCGCCCCGCAACCCUGUCCGCCUCCACAGAGGAAGAGAAGCCGCAGGUGGGUGAUCUCACCAUCUCGGACGUGUCCUGGGACAGCUUCAAUGUGUCCUGGCGGUCCGAGGAAAAGGCAUUCGAAGGCUUCCUGGUGGAAGUGCUGGAUUCGGAGGAGGGGGCCACCGUUGAAGGCCGGAACCAUAGCCUGCCUGCCGAGGCACGGAGCAUAGGCAUCACCCAGCUGGUCCCCAGCACCAUGUACACCAUCAGCCUGUACGGGAAGUUCCGAGGCUCCCUCUCCGAUCCUGUCACCACAGUGGCUCUUACAGAGGCCGAACCAGAGGUGGAUCAUCUUUUUGUAAAGGACAUCACUCCGGACAGCUUCCACCUUUUCUGGACCACCAACAAGAACAUCUUCGACAGGUUUAUCAUUAGGAUUCGGGAUUCUGAAGGAGUCCAGGAGAUGCAGGAGUUCACUGCUUCAGGCAGCGAAAGUAGCAAAGUGCUGAGCGGCCUCGCUGAAGGGACAGAGUACAGAAUCGAGCUCUACGGGGAGAUUCUGGGAUGGCGAUCCCAGUCUGUCAGUGGUGAAGCUCAAACAGGUCUUGGCACCCCUAAGGGCAUCCGCUUCUCGGACGUCACCGACACCUCAGCCACCGUACACUGGACUGCCCCUCGCACCCGUGUGGACAGAUUCCAGGUCACCUAUGUCCCGGCCCAGGGAGGAAGUCGAAAGGCGGUGACAGUUGGGGGCACAGAGUCCCACACUGUCCUGGCUAGUCUGACGCCCGGUGUGACCUACCAGGUGACAGUAAUCGCUGUGAAGGGCCAGGAGGAGAGCCAACCAGGAACUGACUUCGUCACCACAGCUCUGGACAAGCCCAGCGGACUCACUGCCACCAACGUGACCGACACUGAGGCCCUGCUGCUCUGGCAGCCGGCGGUCGCCAACGUUGACGGCUAUGUCAUCACCUACAGCGCAGACACAGUUUCUCCAGUGAUGGAUCGUGUGUCUGGGAAUGUGGUGGAGUAUGAGAUGACCUCUCUAAACCCUGCCACACACUACACCGUCAAGGUGUAUGCCUACAGAGAUGCUCACAAGAGUGCUGCCACGACCACCGAAUUCACCACGGACGUGGAUGCUCCCCAGGACCUGGAAGCAAACAACAUCCAGACAGAGAGUGCCGUGCUGAGCUGGAGAGCCCCCCGCGCCGAAAUCACAGGCUACAUCCUGAGCUUCGAGUCUGCCGACGGCAUCAUCAGGGAGGUGGUCCUGAGUCCCACGGCGACCUCCUACAUCAUGACGUCGCUCAGCGCCUCCACCGAGUACAAGGUGCGGCUGCAGGCCCUGGCCGGUCCCAAGCGGAGUCGCUAUGUUACCACCGUCUUCACCACCACUGGCAUACUGUACAGGCAUCCAAGGGACUGUUCCCAAGCCCUCCUAAAUGGAGACACCACCUCUGGCCUGUACACCAUCUAUCUGGGUGGGAAGGAGGAACAAGCAUUGCGCGUUGUCUGCGAUAUGACGACUGACGGGGGCGGCUGGAUUGUAUUUGUCAGGCGCCAGAGUGGAAGCCUAGAAUUCUUCCGGAACUGGAAGAACUACACCAUAGGCUUCGGAGACAUGAAUGAUGAAUUCUGGCUUGGUCUAGAGAAUCUGCACAAGAUCACAUCUGCUGGCCAGUAUGAGCUGCGCGUGGAUCUCCGUGACAAGGGAGAGAGCGCCUACGCCCAGUACGACCGCUUUAGCGUCUCCGAUCUCCGCAGCCGCUACAAGCUGCACGUGGGCGGCUACAGCGGCACUGCAGGUGACUCAAUGACCUACCACCAGGGUCGCCCCUUCUCCACCUACGACUUUGACAAUGACAUCGCCGUGACCAACUGCGCCCUGUCAUACAAGGGUGCCUUCUGGUACAAAAACUGCCACCGCGUCAACAUCAUGGGGCGGUACGGGGACGACAGUCACAGCAAGGGUGUCAACUGGUUCCACUGGAAAGGCCACGAGCACUCGAUCGAGUUCGCUGAAAUGAAGAUCCGGCCAUCCAACUUUAGGAACUUAGAGGGAAGGAGGAAAAGAUCGUAAAAGGCCGUUGACGCCCUGAUGCCCCGCCUCCUCCUCCGUACCCCGUCUGCUCACCUCUGCCUUUGCUCAGUCUAUACCCCUCCCCACCCAGGGUUACCAAAGCCACUGCAAAAAGCCCCGCCCACCUCCACUGACAUCCCUCCAAUCAGGCGACUGCCUGAAAAUGCCAAUUCAAGCAGCAUAUCUUGUCCCCACUUGAGUAGGCUGGGUUCCCUCAGAGAGACACGUUAUGAGAAAAUGCAACUUUGCUAAUAUCACAUGAUGCACCGUGAUCCUAUCCCAAAAACAUUUAUAAAUCAAUUAUGAGGUAAAACAGACACUUCUGAUUUGACCAGAGGUGGGUCAUUCAGGUUCGGAAAGUAAAAGUUCAAACAAAAAUUUUAUUUCAACCAACCAGCUGAGUAUAAAGAGUCACCGUCACAGAGUACUCAACUGCUUAAUUGAAAUAAAAUCUCGGUCGGGACUCUCUGGACCUGGUCUACCCAUCUCUGGAUUUGACGGCAUGUCCCUUUUAAUAUUCCUGCUAACUCGAUUGGCUGAAUGUAUCGAACUUGAUUUAGUCUAAAAUUAAUCAAUCCAAAUCGUGCAACAAGACCAUUGACAAGACCCAAUCAACUAAUCAUGACACAGAAGCCACAACUGCCACACAGCUCUCUUGUUUCAUGUGAGUCUUGUCCUGUCAAUGUAUUUUCAUUCACGAAUGCAUGUGGAAAAAACCCACAACAAAAGAUGUUUUUCCAAAUGAAUUGAAAGUGGGGUGUAAAUGCUUCAGGGUUGGUGUUUUUUAAAUUUAUGAAAAAAGAGAAAAAAAAAACAGUUUGAUGUUUUCUGUACUCCAGUGGUGCUUGUUGUGAUGUUGUCGAAGAAUUAGCCCCAUCCUGGCUAUGCCAGUCAUCAUGUCAUGCCAGUAUUCAUGUCAUACCAGUCAUCUCAUCAUGUCAGUUGUCUAUUUUGUUCUCCCUCUUAACUUACUAAAAAAAAGAAAAGAAAACUGGACUGAAGCCAAAGCGUGUUCCAGUUCGUUUCUUCAUAACACACUGUUAACCCUCCGGGAGGGCGGUACUGAGUUCUCGUCUGCAUCCGUCUGUGCGACCCCAGCCCUACCUCCCACCUCCAUGGAAAUGUAAGACAAAAGAUGCCUUGCAGCCCCUAGGCGCUGCUGCGAAAGCGGCUCGUCAGGAGGCUGCUGGGCAGAACUGGGGCUAAAAGAAGCACCGAGUGACCGCCCGCUCUUAUCUGAUCUACGCUUUCUUCUUAUUCCAAAUUAAACUGCAGAGAAUUCACAUUUACGUCACUUUGCAAUUACUGUCCUUCACUUUCAAGGUAUUGGCUUCAGGGCACAGGAAAAAAAAUAUAUAUAUAUUUCUUGUUGUAUUCAACAAAAUCUAACAUGGGACUUCUUUUUCAAGAUGCUUUAUACAAUGUACACAAAAACAGCGGUUAGGGGGGUUAUGUUGAAUGUGCAAAAAAGGGCCACUUCUAAUGUCAUAACCUGUAAAUAAAAUGUUUUCAGAUGGGAAAUUCCUUAAUUAAACCAUAUGAAUGACAGCUGUAUACAUUUCCGCCUUUGGCAAGAAGAUACAGACUUAGACGGAACAAAGAAAGAGCUUUACGCUCUCAUACAGGCACCUGUUCAUAUACAGGCGGUGCCACUUGCUUAAUCCACUGACUCUAUUGAAAAUCUGUGUAAAUUUAGUUACAGGACAGUUUUUGUUUCUGUGUUUUAUUUGUUCCAUUUUUAUUUUUUAACAGUGAAAAACAGGCAUUUUCUGUAACCCACAUUACAAUAAAACAAACCUUGUUAAAAA